CCCUGAUACCUAUGUUUUCACUGAGAUCUAUCUUAGUGAUUGGUGGAGUCUUUUGAUCAAGUAACUAAUAAAUGUAUGUGAAUCUAUUCUUCCAACUUCCAGAAAGGAAGAUAACUGUGAAGAGCCAAAUAACUGGAAGUCAGUGAAGUGUUUCAGCUGGCUUCAAUUGGGACUUCCUGUUAUUCAACCUCUUCAUCUCACCCGCUCCCUCCUCUUCUGUUCAAUCUUCAGCUACUUCAGACCAUCAUCAUGUCGUUUCCCACGCCUGUUCCUCUCGCCCAGAGAUCUGAGGCUCAACACACGAUGAUCGAGCCCUCGAAAACAUCUCAUGCCCUGCCCUUUUCACGUAUGCUUUUCCUGUACUCGCUGGCGGAUGAAGACUGGGAAGCAAAAGCGUGCCAGCAGUUCUUCGAGGCGGCCACUGCACUGAUGGGUUAUGGCGCGCCAGAGCUUACCCUGACUGCCUACGUGCAACUCGGGGCUGUGGAUGGAGCCAGUGGUUCCGGAUCCGUGCAGAUUGAAAUUGCUUUCAGCAAGACUCAACUCCAGGGUUGCCUGACACGCCUUGCAUCGGCAAUCAUGGACGGCAUCAAGGUGUUUCUUGUAUCUCUGUCCGGAGGUUCGACCUUGCAGGUGCAGUGCAAUAUCCGUGGCGCAGAUUUAUCUGCAGCCGUGACCCCUCUCAUAGACAGGCAGCGGAAAUGGAUCCAUGAGGGUCUACUGGUUCCAAAGUUUGACGAUAAAGUCAAGUUUACAGACUUGUCGCUCCAACCACCAGAGGACUAUGCCAAAGUCUGUGUACAGGCUCCGAACAAAAGUCCAUCUGCUGCCGACAUCGUGCACCCGGGUCGUACCCGUAUUCCUCCACGGCCCUUGCAGCUUGCCCUGGCCGACACUGCCGAAGCUUCCAGCGCACAGCCAUCCUCCACCUCAUCGGCCACCGAGCCUGCCAUGCAUAGCUCGGCUUCUGUUAUGCCCUCUCUCUACGAUGGUAAUCUCCUGCGCCGGAUAUGCCCGGCUCAUCUCAUGGGCGCCUCUUGCGAGCACGAAGACUUCUCAGGUGUGAAUUGUGAUCGGCUUACAUCGAGGGUUACGAAUGCCGAGGGGCCACGUGCCUAUACCUCCACGGCAUUCCCAGAUCUUGCUAUCGAGCAGUCUGGGAUCGCGAAUGUGAUGCGUGUGACCGUGCUCAUGACUACCUCAAUGACAGGCGAGCUAAUGCAGAGGAUUUGA